CCAACGCCGCACGCGGCCACCACCUCCGCGGAUUCGCGAGCGAGAGCGCUGAGCCGGAGCGCGACGGCCGCGCGUAGUACUAGCUUUUCUUUCAACUUGGUUCGGUUGGUUGCCGUGCCGUCCCGCGCUGCGCUGCUGGUGCGAAUCCAAGGCUGUAGGAGAUGGAGAUUGGUCGCCUCGUGCGAACGCAACCCGGGUGGGCACCAGCCGCCGCCCGAGGGAGGAGCCGACGACCGCUCGCGCUCUCGUCCAGCGGCCGCCGGGGGGCGCGGUGCCGCGCCAUGGAAUCGCCGGCGUCCGCGUCCGUCCACGCGGUCUCCAUCCCCUUCUCCGACCUCAAGGAGAAGGAUAGAGACCUGGGCGGGAAGAUCGAGGAAGGCCUCGGGCCCAGCGGGCUCGGGAUCAUCUCCAUUGCUGACGUGCCUGGUUUUCCCGUGCUGAGGAAAGCAUUGCUGCGCCUGGCACCAAAAGUUGCAAACCUUCCUGAAGAUGUGAGGAAAGGAUUUGAAGACCCAGACAGCAGGUUUAGCUUUGGGUGGAGUCAUGGGAAAGAGAAAUUAGAGUCUGGGAAACUCGACACAUUCAAAGGCUCCUUUUAUGCCAACCCAAUUUUGGAUGUUCCAACCACUGAUGAUGUACUUGUGAGAAGGUACCCGUCAUAUUGCCGACCAAAUAUAUGGCCCGCCAGUCAUCUUCCUGAGCUUGAAAUAGCAUUUAAAGCUCUUGGGAAGCUGAUGUUGGAAGUUGGUUUGAUGUUGGCUUAUCAUUGUGAUCGCUAUGUAAUGCAGCAAGGAGUGGGAACAUAUGAUGGUGAAAGCCUUGAGCAGACAAUUGCCAGCUCAAGGUGUCACAAGGGCCGACUUCUGUAUUACUACCCCCGGCAAUUUAGUAAACAGGAGGAAGGUGAUUCUGUUUCAUCGUGGUGUGGAUGGCAUACUGACCAUGGAUCUUUAACAGGACUUUCAUGUGCCUUGUUUACUAAAAAUUCAUUGGAGAUCCUCUGUCCUGAUAGUGCUGCUGGAUUGUACAUAAGGACUCGUGAUGAUAAAGUUGUUAAGGUUACAUUUGAGGAGAAUGAAUUGGCAUACCAAAUUGGAGAAACGACUGAAAUAUUAUCAAGAGGUCGCCUAUGUGCAACUCCACACUGUGUGAAGGCCCCCAGCAGCGAAAACGCAUCAAAUGUUGACCGUUCGACCUUCGCGAUGUUCAUGCAACCAGAUUGGGAUGAGAAGCUCAAGUUUCCAAGUGAAAUUCCUUAUCACCAAGAGUUGAUCCCACCGAAUGGAACUCUUACAUUCGGGGAGUAUUCAGAAAGACUGGUGAACAAGUAUUAUCAGGGAAUGACAUAACGAUGCAUUCAUCCUACUUCUAGGUGUUUUAGCUUACGCUCUGUGCAGGUAUAGCCACCGUGAAUAACAGAAUUCAUUGCAGAAACAAACUGAUAUGAAUCACAGAAUCAGAAUAAUGUCACUCUUAAUUUACUCCCGUGAUUCUGAUGUAGUUGGCAUGAGAAAGAAUGUUGAGGUUUUCAUCUAUAACUAGGGGUAACGCGGCCAUUUUAAGAUAAUUUAGAGGUCAAGUAACGAAAUGGACGUGUAGGAGUUCAAUGUAGAAACAUAUGGGCAUAAAAGUGAUUUGGUAAAACUUAUGGCAUAGAAGGGGUUGAGUGAAAAUUCAGGGAGUAUAUAAGGAAUUUUCUCAUUACGGAGACUUUGGCUCAUUUGCACAUGCCCAUGAAUGAGAAUGGUAGAAUU